AAAAAAAAAAUGUGGUCAGCCCGAGGAAUAAUAAUAAUAUUACUUGUACUGUUAUCAAUACAUUCUUUAAACGUUUCCGCACAAGCGGAUUGUCAAGCAUGUUUACAAGUAGAUGCUUCAUUAUCACCAUGUAAUACUUCCCUCAAACGGCCUAAUCCGGGAGAAACCGUUAUUGUUCAGUUUGGUGCCCUCGAAGCCAAAUGUUAUUGUAACCAAGCAACAUAUGAUCAAUUAGGAGCCUGUUCAGCUUGUAAUAACGGAAAUAUAAAAGUAGAUGACUUGGGAAGAUAUAAAGAUGUAUGUGCCACUUUUGGGGUUCCAUUCACAGGAGGUUCUCCAGGAAAAGAACAACCAACAACUCCAACAAAUAAUCCUACAGAUGCAUCAAACGACCCUCAAAUAAAUAUUAAUAUACCAAAUUAUUCUAAUAGUUCAACUAGCUUGUCAUCUUAUAUAAUAUUGGGUGUAGUUCUUGGUAUACCUGCGUUAAUUAUAUUGGGCAUUUUUAUGUAUAAAUGUUGCUUUAAAAGAAGACAAUCACUUAAAAUUAAAAAUGUUUCUGAUAGAUCAGCUUCACAAGUUGAUUUAACUGAUGAUUCGAGUAUAAUAUCUCGAUUACAAGUAUAUCAACAACAACAUUCUCAGACUCAAUCUCAGACUCAAUCUCCGACUCAAUCAAUUGAAAAUGAUGAUUUAACUGAAAUUUCAAUUGAAAAUGGUAGAGUUAAUAAUAAUGAAAUGCAACAACAAUAUAAUUUUAGAAAGAAUUAUUAAAAAAGAUUUUUUCAUAGAAAAAAAAAAAAAACUUUUUUUCAUUAUAGAAUUUUCGAAUAGUUAUAAAAUAUACUUGAAUAUAUAUACAUAUUAUUAUAUUAUUAUUAUUUUUAAUUAAUUAAUUAUAAAAAU